CCUUAUCAACCGCGGUCUGGUUCACAGUCUCUGGUCGCUGAGGGGUUAAACGUCGUGUGGUUGUAGGAAGUGGGUGGUAUACGAGCCGAGGAUGGAGCGAUGUCUGUGUGGCAAGCAGAGAUCCCUUUGAACCGGAGAAGCGACGGUAUAUCGGAGGAGACCAACCAUGGAGUGAACACACCGCUCACCGGAUGACAAAAAUCCGCGUCCCAGGGAAGUAAAAUGAGAAGCGAUCGUCCUGUUUCCACCGCCGGUGUUUGAAUCUUGCCGUAUGCAGUCGCUGCAGAUUUCAUUUGAUGGUGGCGUUGUAAGUGUGUAGAUGUUUCAAAUGAUGAAGGCUCGUAAUUAAAUGUGCGACAAGCGCAGUGCACUAAUAAAUGCAAUGAGCAAAUAGACUGAUCUGAACGGUUUGGCGCAUUAAGAGGACUUCGGGUGUCAGGUGUUUUGUAGAUGACAGAAUCACUAAGAUACACGAUAUUGCAAGAAGAAGAAUUCAGUGUCCAACCAACAGAUGUGAAGGAAUUGUUUUGCGUUGGAUCGUUGCACAGCGUGCCUGGAAGCGAGGACCUCUGCAAACUUGUUUGAGCUAUCUAAUCUGUAGUGUGAUAACCUUCGGUCUGGCCGUCUGGGUUCCUUUCCUUGCAAGGACUCGUCUCUAACACUCAGCUGGACUUCAGUUCAACCUUCUGAUCUCUCCAUGCUGUCUCCCCACCAAAGACAGCAUGUCUGACAGCAUGGAGUGUCUGCUCGGGUGGAACACAGGAGCUACACUUAAUUAUGAGCCUUGUUCAAAGAUGAGUGUGUUGUUUUAGCUGUAAACCAACGCCUCGUCUAUGUUUCGCAUUUCUAUUUAUAACAACAGCCAUGAUACAGAUUUAAAGUCUUUGAUUUUCCCCUGAAAAUUGGUGUGGACACACAGCGAGGUGUUCUGCUGUGAUGGUAAAUCGUGAACCGUGCUGGUUCGCUGGAAGCAACGCGAGACUUGGCUCCAUACUUUAAACAUUAGGAACGAGGAGCCACGAGACCCGCCAACAGGUGUAAGCCCGGGCACGCGCCAUGGAUGAUUCUGGCAUCAUCCGAAGACGGAGGCUCCAGAAGGAUCUACCUCUGCCUCGAAAAAGUAGCAGUUGCCGAACCAGUAACCGGAAGAGCCUCAUCCUGACCAGUACUUCCCCCACCCUGCCAAGGCCGCACUCUCCAUUGCCCGGACACAUAGGAAGCAGUCCACUGGACAGCCCGCGCAACUUCUCACCAAGUGGACCUGCCCACUUCUCGUUUGCCUCAUCUCGAAGGGCUGAUGGUCGUAGGUGGUCUUUGGCAUCUCUGCCUUCCUCAGGAUAUGGCACCAAUACACCCAGUUCAACGUCGUCCAGCUCAUCUCAGGAGCGUCUUCACCAGCUGCCCUUUCAGCCAACCAUGGAUGAGCUGCACUUCCUGUCAAAGCACUUUGGCAGCACAGAGAGCAUCACAGACGAUGACGGGGGACGCCGUUCGCCGCAUGUGCGCCCUCGCUCCAGAAGCCUCAGCCCGGGGCGCUCUCCAUCCUGCUAUGACAAUGAAAUAGUGAUGAUGAACCAUGUCUACAAGGAACGCUUUCCCAAGGCAACAGCUCAGAUGGAGGAGAGGCUCGCAGAGUUCAUCCUGAAUUACUCUCCAGAGAACGUUCUGCCUCUGGCUGACGGAGUCCUCAGUUUCAUCCACCACCAGGUCGCUGAGAUGUCCAGAGACUGCCUAACCAAAUCACAUGAGGGGUUGAUUACAAGUGUUUACUUCCGAGAGCUGCAGGAGAAUCUGGAGAGGCUGUUGCAUGAUGCGUAUGAACGCUCAGAGAGUUCAGAGCUGACCUUUGUGACUGAGCUGGUCAAAAAGCUCUUCAUCAUUAUAUCUCGUCCUGCCAGGCUGCUGGAGUGUUUGGAGUUCAAUCCAGAAGAGUUUUACCAUCUACUGGAGGCUGCAGAGGAUCAUGCCAAAGAGGGACAACUAAUGAAAGCAGACAUCCCCAGAUAUAUCAUCAGUCAGUUGGGGCUGACCCGAGAUCCAUUAGAAGAAAUCGUGAGCCUUGACAGUUAUGACAGCGAGGGUCCCCAUACUCCAGAGACAGAUGACUCAGCGGAGGGAAAAGGCAAAUCCAUCAAGCCACCCUGUGAGGAAGACUUUCAGACCAUCAAACUGAUCAGCAAUGGAGCUUAUGGUGCGGUCUAUCUGGUGAGGCACAGGGAGACACGUCAGCGAUUUGCCAUGAAGAAGAUUAACAAGCAGAAUCUGAUACUGAGGAAUCAGAUCCAGCAGGCAUUUGUGGAGAGGGACAUCCUUACCUUUGCAGAGAACCCUUUUGUAGUCUCCAUGUUCUGUUCCUUCGAAACGCGCCGCCAUCUCUGCAUGGUUAUGGAAUAUGUGGAAGGAGGUGACUGUGCCACUUUGUUGAAGAACAUUGGAGCUCUGCCUGUGGAGCUCGCAAGAAUGUAUUUUGCUGAAACUGUUUUGGCCUUGGAAUAUCUGCACAAUUAUGGUAUUGUUCACAGGGACCUGAAACCUGACAAUCUACUGAUCACCUCCAUGGGGCACAUUAAGCUAACAGACUUCGGUUUGUCAAAAAUGGGUCUAAUGAGCCUUACCACCAACCUGUAUGAAGGACACAUAGAGAAAGAUGCUCGGGAAUUCCUGGACAAACAGGUCUGUGGGACCCCUGAGUACAUCGCUCCUGAGGUGAUUCUCCGUCAAGGCUAUGGAAAACCCAUUGAUUGGUGGGCCAUGGGCAUCAUCCUCUAUGAGUUCCUGGUGGGCUGUGUGCCUUUCUUUGGAGACACUCCUGAGGAGCUCUUUGGACAGGUCAUCACAGAUGACAUCGUUUGGCCAGAUGGUGAUGAUGCUUUGCCUGCAGAUGCCCAGGCCCUGAUCUCUGCUCUGUUACAGACCAACCCUCUUGUAAGGCUGGGCACAGGUGGAGCGUUUGAGGUCAAGCAGCACUCCUUCUUUUCUACACUGGACUGGAACAGUUUGUUGAGACAGAAAGCAGAGUUUGUCCCCCACCUGGAGUCUGAGGAAGAUACCAGCUACUUUGAUACCCGCUCAGAUCGUUACCGCCACAUCAACACAUACGAUGAGGAUGACACCAAUGAUGAUGAGCCUGUGGAGAUCAGACAGUUCUCCUCUUGCUCUCCUCGCUUCAGUAAGGUUUACAGCAGCAUGGAGCAUCUUUCCCAGCUGGAACAGAAAGCAACAACCUCUGUGUCCCGUCGGGAGCACAGGAGCCCACGGGAGGACAAGGUGACAAAAAGAGAGAGCCUGGGAAGCUUCGGCAUGAGGGAAAAGAGCUGGAGGACUGGAUCCCCUGAGAUGAAGCGCCUUUCUUGUUCUGAGUCUCUGUACAUGGAAGGAGAUGCAAGUCCUCCUCUUGGUGCCAGGCGACGCUUCUCAGCUUUGAUGGACACUCAUCGUUUCGCCUCACCUUCUGAAGGGGAGCCAGAUUCCCUGACCCGCCAGAACCUCAUGAAGUUCCGAGGAACCUCGCUGGAUGGGACGACUGUCCCUUCGCCAAGCCUCCUGGAGCACAGGCCCUUAGUGAGGGAGAUCAAUGGAGCAGACAAAUCAUCCAGACUUGGAGAGAACACCAGCGUAAGCUCAACCAUCGUGACAUUAUCCCCCGGUCCUGCCGCACCCAGUCGAGAUGUGAUCACUCCUCUGUAUGACCCUCUGGGGCCCAGAGCCACCAAUGACCUAGUCCUCCGGCGGGCACGCCACCAUCACUUAUCUGGUGAUGGAGAAAAACGGAACUCCAGACAAGGAAACAAGGUCAUCAAGUCAGCGUCUGCCACAGCUCUGUCUGUCAUCAUCCCAUCAGUGGAGCAACACGGUGGCUUCUCUCCACUGGCUAGCCCCAUGUCGCCCCACUCUUUCUCCUCCAACCCCUCGUCGCGCGACUCCUCACCCAGCAGAGACUUCUUUCCUGCAGUCAGUGUUCUCCGCGCCCCUAUCACAAUUCAUCGCUCUGGAAAGAAGUACGGCUUUACCCUAAGGGCUAUCAGGGUCUACAUCGGAGACAGUGACAUCUACAGUGUCCAUCACAUGGUUUGGCAUGUGGAGGACGGAGGCCCCGCUCAGGAAGCUGGUCUGUGCGCAGGUGACCUAAUAACGCAUGUCAAUGGUGAGCCUGUCCACGGUUUGGUCCACACUGAAGUGGUUGAACUCAUCCUCAAGAGUGGGAACAAGGUGACAGUGACAACCACGCCUUUUGAGAACACCUCCAUUAAAGUUGGCCCCGCCCGUAAAGCCAGCUACAAGUGCAAGAUGGCUCGACGAAACAAAAGGACAGCUGGGAGAGAAAGCCAGGACAGUAAGAAGCGCAGCUCGUUGUUUCGUAAGAUCACAAAGCAGUCCAAUCUUCUCCACACCAGCCGCAGUCUGUCCUCUUUGAAUCGCUCACUAUCCUCCAGUGAGAGUCUUCCUGGCUCUCCAACUCAUAGCCUGUCUACCAGAUCCCCAACUCAGGGCCACCGCUCAACCCCUGAGCCCUCUUACCUUGGUGCUUCUUCCCAGAGUAGCUCUCCUGCCUCGAGCACUCCAAACUCACCCUCUCCCUCUCAACACAUGAGGCCCAGCUCCUUGCAUGGCCUGUCUCCAAAACUUCACCGCCAGUAUCGCUCUGCCCGUUGUAAGUCUGCUGGAAACAUUCCACUGUCCCCUCUGGCACACACCCCCUCCCCUACUCAGUCUUCCCCUCCAGCAAUGCCAGGCCACACAAUAGGGAGUUCCAACACAACACAGUCCUUCCCUGCAAAGCUCCAUUCCUCGCCACCAGUGGUCCGCCCCAGGCCGAAGAGCGCAGAGCCCCCACGGUCACCUCUCCUCAAGCGGGUGCAAUCGGCAGAGAAGCUCGGCUCACCUCUGACCCAGUCCAGUUCUACUGGAGGGCUUGGGGGUCCACUAAGGAAGCACAGCCUAGAGGUGCAGCACUCUGAGUACCGCAAAGAUGCCUUUUUCUGUGAACUUGGGCUUCAGAGCCUGCUGGAGACAGAAGGAGAAAAUCUGCCUCCCAAUGUGCCACCAUUGCCCGCAUCCUCCACCACCCCAGAGACUGGUGUACUGAAGCCUGUGAGGAGACUUGGGAGACAGGAGUCACCACUCAGCAGGGAGACUCUGCUGGCUGGAAGGGAGAAGGAAGAGAGAGAAAGAGGAAGGGACAGAGACAGGGAGAAAGACAGAGAGAUGGGGAUAAACCAAGCAGUUGGGCCAGGGUCACAGUCAUCCUUGGCAAGAAAAUCCCAUGCAAGUGAUAUAAACAUGAACUCCAAACAAAGUGAAGAAACCAGUAAACUCAUAACCCCUGGUUCUCCUAUAAAAACUGCAGGCAUACCCCAUACACAACUGGAAGUUAGAAACAGCAAAGAUCUCCAGCUCAAGCAACAAGUAGGAAAACCUGAGCCUAAGCAUGAGGGGGAUGACAAAAAUAAGUCCUAUCUAACAACCGCUGCCUUCAACAAGAGCUCGUCUACUCCGGACAAAUCCAGUGGAAUCAAUACAGCCGUGACAGGAGCUUCUCUGAGCGUAAAUACGACUUUUAAGUCAUCAGGUAUGGGAAACAGCCAACGGAAGUCUGACAGCAACGAUUCAAGAGCUGCAGAGCUCGUCUCCAAAAGCCCCAAACUCCCAGCUCGGGUCCUGGCUCCUGCGGUUCCCUCACAUGGGCAGCCGCUUUCACUGGGCAAAGUGAGGCAGGGGUUGGGCCCCGUUAAUUGUUACAGGGGAACUCUUGACUGGGAGGACAAAUGUCGGCUGGAAGUGGUGGAAGAGCAUUCACCCUCUCCUUCUCCCUCCCCAACAGCUGUCACACCCUCCCUCUGUGGACCUUCGCUGUGUAAGUCGCGGCCCAUUUCCCCUGGAGACAAAACAAGCUUCGUCAGCCAGCUCACCACCGUGGCCAAAAAUGUCCUCGGACCAAUCAAGCUAGGCUCUACAGAGGGAACUAAGAAUAAAGAGCAGCAGAACAAGGCAUCAGAGGAGAAGCAGGGAGCUGCCACUGGGAAGUCUGACAUUCCUACAGGAGCUCGGGUGGUUCUGGGCGCUGCAGUGGUGACUCAAAGUCCCGGCAGUUCUCGGCUUGAAAAAGCAGCAACACCUGGGAACCAGCCAAAAAUGUGACCCCCUGGAUCUUUAAAUCAAACUUUAGUAGAAAAUAGGAAAAAUGUCUUUUUGUUUGGGGGGACAGAAAAACAGAUGACAGGCACUUACAGAUGUACAUUCCAGUUUCAUAGUAUAAAAAGUCUUAUUUAUUAAUUAAAUCCUUGAAUAAAUCUAAUGUAAAAGCAGUAAAAACACAACUGUAAAGGUGCAUUAACUGUUGGUUUUCUAUGAUGCAUAAUUUAUUAAGACACAGUCGUGUAAAGUGAAACACUUUAUCAGAUAUAUAUGUGUGGGUCAAUGUGAAUGCAUGUUAUAUUCUAUGUACUGUAUGUGCACAAUAGGUACAAGAGGGUCAAAAAGUGCUUUACUGAUCAAAACAUGCUGAAUACUGUGAAUACCAAAUUCUGUAACUCUUUUUUCAAUUAGACCAUUCUGUUUUUUAUUACUGCUGUUCAAAAUGGGAGAGUAAAUUCAUGAAGCUGUAAUAUUUACAUUAAGCAGCACAUAUUACACACAGCAUCGAUUUGGCUUCUGUGGAAAAGCAGCAACACAAUUAGGCAUGUUUCCUCAUCAUACGACAGUUUACCUUCUCUGACCGUUCAGAUGAAGCCACAGUGACCCUCUGUCAUUGAAUGUUACAUUAGGACCUGUCCAACUCCCAGUCUGUCACAGAGGCUUGUCUGCAAGCAUGUGUUUAUCCUCUCCUUCAGCACCGAUCAUUCUUGAAGGCUGCAGAGGUGAAAGGGAACGACUGAACUCAGGCUCAGUGCUUAUCUCGUCCUCGCAGGAAGGCCGCAACAGCCUUUCUUGUCCCUCUGCCUCUCAGUGCAGCCAUGUGCAGAAAAACUAAAAAAACAUUUCCAUUGCCACAGGAGACAGCUCUGUCAGACACUGAUUUCAAUACUUAUUAAUCUAUACUCCUGUUAUGGUCUGUGAAGCAGGACACAAGUCUCCUUGUGAGUGUGAUUUGAAAUGGUUUAAACGUGUGUGUGUUUUCUGGGAGCCAUUACGCUUAUUAAGGCAACAUGACAGAAAGCACCCUGGAAAUUUGUAGUUAGUUAUCCAGGGACAGUUGGACGCCAGCAGGAUUAAAAACCUCUAAUUGACUUAUGGCACUUUCGCAAAGGAGGCUGAUUAUACUGUAGGACACAGUACAGAGUAUAUACGUCAUAAGCACAUAUAUAUUAAACUGAAACGUUUUCAGCCAGGCAGUUACUGAUGUAGCAUGAAAUAAAUUGUUGAAGGGCUCUCUGGCUAAAGCAGAGGUUGUGCAGAUAAACCUGAAAUAUUACAAUAGACCAGUAAUCCAAUGCUUAAAAAGGUUUAUCUGUUGUAAAAUCAAAGUGACUGUUUAGUGCAACGCAAUUAUAAAGAUUUUUACCUAUGUCAAAGUUCAGAUAGUUUUUCACAGGACCCAAAUUUCUUCUGCCAGUAAUUCGCAACAUUAUUUAUAUCUUGUAACAGUUUAUGUGUUACAAUGAACCUCAUUGUAUUUUUAGGCGGGGCUUUUAUGUAACGGACCAACACAAAGUAGAAAAUGUUUAUGUUGUGGAACGAAAAAUGUGGCUUGUGGCAGAUUUAAUUAGGAAUUCUUAUGGCUCUCUUUCAAAAAUGGCUGUCUUUCCCCUCUUCCAUACAGAUCAGUUUUGUGAAGUACAUAAAUAAAAAUUGUCUUGUCCACAGAUUCUCCCUCCUUAGCUCUGAAUCUCUGCAGCUCCUCUAAAGUUACAAUAGACCUGUUGGCGGCUUCUUUUUUUGUCUUCGCGUGUCCUGUCUUGGCAUUUCAGGUGUACCACAUAGAGAAGCUGUUUGCCUACAUGUGCCAGGGGAGUUAUAAGCUUCAAAAAUGAUAUCACAAUUCUAAUUGUGUGAUUAAUUUUGUUUAAUCAGGACUGCCACUGGCCUCAAAGUGGACAGGCCAUAGCUUGCAACACUCAAUGCCCCACAGCAGUAAAGGGCAGGUAGAGAGAUCCGCUGAAGGACGCAGCAGACAAGGCAUCACUUCAGAGCAGCCGUACGCCUGACAGAGGAAGGUCAGUCAGUGACGGGCAGAGGCAGCAGUACCCCAGGCCAAAGAGGCACAGGGAAAGACAACCCCCUGACCCAGCACUGUGGCUACUUCCCAUUGUGCAGGUCAAACCAGGAAUCCAGAGAACCCUUCCACCAUAGUUCCCAGCACAUCCCUGUGAAGACGCCGGAACUCAGAAGGAGGGAGGACACAUUAUGCUGACCUGGGACUUACCUUUGUUGCACCUGAAUAGGAAUAUAUAGCACACUAUUUAAAUUGUUUAUGUGGGAAAAUUGUCAUGUAUCUACGCCUUCAAUUUCACAAUUAUGUGAGGUUUGUAUUGGUCUAUUAUGAUACUCUCCUUAUGCGCAAGCAUCCUAGCCCAUUUUAAGCAUGUAUCUAUUGUAUGUAAUUCAUGCAAUUUGUCUUUGAUUUAUUUUGAUUCAUUCAACUUUAGCAGAAAAAAAACAAAAAAAAAAAAAAACAUCUCAGCCAAGAGCAGCAUAUGAAUUUGGUAAAGUUUAAAAACUGAACUAUAUGUUUACAUUUAUUCCUCAACAAUAUUUUUUAGGACUUGGGUGCACACUGAUUUUACUAAAUCAGCCCCUCAUGUUAUCCAAUGAGAAAUUAAGUCUGCAAGAGGCUACAGGAAAGUUCUAAACCUGAUUUCUUUUACAUGCAGUGGUCGUUGACAUAAAAUCAUACCCUAUACUAUAGAUGCCUCAAAGGAUUUUCAUACAUUCAGGUAGAACUCUACUGCCAUCUACUGGUUCCCAAUGAUGACGGUUAACCAUGUUUAAUAUAAAGAUAGCUGGUGUGUUUGUUGCAGGGUUGAUGCUACAAACCAUAGUUGUUCUAAAUAUGCAUUGAUGUUUCUGAACAAAGAUCUGCAGUAAUUAUCAACUGAACACUUGGAGUAAAAAAUAUUUUCUCUUGUGUUCUUCUUUGACUGUUAAUUUUAUAUUUGGAUUCCAAUUUUGAAUAUAAUGUAUGCAUAUUUCUUACAGAUAGUUGUGUUUCUUUUAUCCUAAUGUAACAAUGGAAACGUCAUCAGUAACUGAAACAAGAUUGUGUUUUAUUUCCAUAUUCCUGCUGUAUCCCUGUCAGUGGUGUCAACAGAAGAACAUUUUUUCAGUGUUUUAAACUGACAGAGAGAAUAUCAUCCAGGCACUUUAUUUGAGAGAAAAAUAUCUUUGGUUUGGCACUGCUUCUAAGUAACCAGAGGCUAAAAAUUAUAGAUAGUAUAAAUUAUCACAGUAAUCCAAGUAUAAACAUUCCACUCCUCUCUGUUCAAUCAGUGUAUUUAGUUGUUCCACUGGGGUAUUUUUGUUUGUGAUAGAUGAAGAGGCCUGAAGUGCAGUAUGUUGAAUAAAGUAAAGAGAUUUGUUCUGAAACCUU